UGUUGGUCAGAUGCCAUCAGGUCGGCCUGUUCCUCCCGUUCAAAUACAUGUCUCGUUUUGUCAACAUUUUUCUUAUUUUAAACCCUUUAAAAUAACACCAAGAAGGACUCCGAUGUGUCUGAGUAUCUGUGGGUAUAUUGUCCUAUGAUAAAAGUGUCGAUCGGUAUCGUUUUGGUUGUAAUCUAGCCGUAGAUUAUGUUGUUAUGUCGCUGUAAAGUGAAGUCUUAGAAAGACAACCGCUACUACUAUUUCUUGUUUGUGAAGCUCAAUAUGCGUACAAUGUCGAAAAGGAGCUAACAGAUUGGUAGGGAAUACACUGAUCAUGGCUAGCAUUGGCUCUUCUCAAGGGCCGUGGGUCAUCUCAGCAGAAGAAAGAAUGAAGCAUGAAACAACAUUUCAAAGCCUAAAACCUAUGAGCGGUUUUCUAUCCGGAGAACAAGCAAAACAGUUCUUUCUCAAGUCUAACCUACCUCCUAUCGUUCUGGGAAAAAUAUGGAGUCUUUCUGAUUUUGAUCGCGAUGGCAAGAUGACAAUGCAAGAAUUUACUGUUGCAAUGCACCUUAUACAAAACAAACUUAAAGGAAUUGAAGUUCCCACUGUCCUACCGAACACAGUUAAGAUGACAUCAUUACCUGCCAGUAACCAGCCUGGUAAGAAAGCUAGCCCUAGCUACGGUCCACAGGGUGUGACAAAUGGUUUUACGAACCUGUCUGGUAGUAUGACAUUACCUAAAUCCUCUGGUAUUUCCUGGUCAGGAGUUAAUCAACCAAAUAUAUCGCCAGUGCCAUCUUCUGGCAUUUCCUGGAAUCAACCAAAUAUAUCACCUGCACCAUCAUCUGGAAUUUCCUGGUCAAGUAUGAACCAACCCAAUAUAUCAUCAGCAACAUCAUAUGGUGUUCCAUCGUCGUCAUUCAGUAUGAAAAGUGGUGGAGGGUUUAAUACUAAUACAACAAACAUAGGAUUUUCUAAUGGACCUGGUAUAAUGACCAGUAGCAUCCAGCCACAGUCAUCAUUAAGCCAAGGGAAUAUUUUACAAGGAACAAUGAAUACCUCUAGUUCAAAUACGAUUGCUACUGCUGCAAGACUUAAGUAUAACCAGAUGUUUAAGUCUCUUGAUUUCAAAAAUACUGGAGUUUUAUCAGGUGAGCAAGCCAGGAGUGUAUUGAUCCAGUCUGGUCUUUCACAGACAUUACUGGCAAAAAUAUGGAGUUUAUCAGAUUUAGAUAAAGACAGUCAACUAAAUAUUGAGGAAUUUGCUCUGGCAAUGUUUUUUGUGGAUAUGGCCAAACAAGGAAAGCAGUUACCCAAUCAAGUACCCCAGGAGCUUCUGCCGCUGGCUUACCAGGGUAGAGUGCACUCUGAUAGUGUUGGAAGUGAGGGGAGAGAUAGGUCUGGUAGUAACAUUAGCCUUGAUGGUAGAUCAAGGUCAGGUAGCAUGGCAGAGGACAAGAGAAUAUUCACAUUUGAAGACAGGCGUAAACAGAAUUUUGAAAAAGGAAGGCUAGAGUUGGAAAGGAGACGACAAGAUUUACAAGAAAAAUUAAAACGGGAAAGGGAUGAAAGAGAAUCCAAAGAACGACAACAAGAAGAAAGAAAACAAAGAGCAAAACUAGAAGCUGAGCAGAGACGGCAGGCAGAGAUUGAGAAACAGAGGCAACAACAACUAGAAAUGGAAAAAGAACAAGAAGCUUUGAGAAAGAAGAUGAUACAACAAAGACUGGCGCAACAAAUAGAAGCUGAGAGACAACGUCAACUAGAAUGGCAGAAGAGGAAAGAAGAAGAGUUGUUGAAUCAGAAAGGUUUAGAGCAGGAUAUUGUUAACAACCUGAAGACAAGGAAGAAAAACCUGAAGGAUGAUCUUGCAGUUGUGGUUGGCAAGAAAACUGCAGCCCAACAGGGUUUUGAUCAAGAACAACAGCUGUGUACAGAAGCACAGACAACACUGAAUGAUGUGAACCAGAAAAAAGAAAUGUGUAGAAUGGAUAUCAACAGAAUACAGUGUGAGAUUAAGGAAUAUCAGCAACGUCUGUUGGCCCUGAGUAAUGAAAAGGAAAGAGUGUCUCUUGAGUUGAAUAAAAGAGAUACAAGUAAAAUGGCAGAGGCUCAUGGUAACGCAAUGGCAAGUCUACAGGACAGCAAGGCUGCCAUCAAGAGGAAACAAACAAUGCAAAAUAAUCUGGAAAAAGAUUUGAAUGAGAAACUUAAAGAACUUGAUUCCUGGAACGUACAGCUUAAGGAAGCUCAAAAUAAUGUUCAACAACUAACAGAAGAAAACACAAGACUACAACAAACAGUUGAAUCUAAACAAAGAGAAUACACCAUGUGGAAGCAGAAGAAAGAUGACGAAGAAAGAAUGAAGAAGGAACUGGAUGCAAAGCGCAAAAGAGAAGAAGAAGAGAAUAGAAGACAGAAAGAACGAGAACAAGAAGCAAUGAGAAAAGAACAAGAACAACAAAGAAAAGACCAGGAGAUCAGGCGGCGCAUGCAGGAGGCAAAAGAAGCAGAAGCGAGAAGAAAAGAUCAACAAUUACUCACCAAAGAUAAAAUAGUAGUACAGCAACAACAGACUCUUGUCAAGACUCAACCAGCAAUUGUCUGGGGUGAACCAGCUAAGAAAAAAGAAGAGAAUAUCAUCUCUAAACCAGUAUCUGUCUGGGGAGAGCCAGCCAAGAAACAAGAGAAUAUCGUCUCUCAGACUUGGAGUAUGAAAACAACUACUACUACUACCUCCGAGACCAAAGAAGUUGCAACCAAAAAAGGAGUGGCAGUGCCCAGACCACGCCCAAGACCUGCCAAAAAGAAUGUACAGUAUUACCGAGGGUUGUUUUCUUUUGAUCCUCGAAAUCCAGACGAGAUGAAAAUAGAUGAAGGAGACAUUGUAACAGUGGACCUUGAUAACAUGAAAGCACCUCCUGGCUGGCUACGAGGUAAAAGUGAAGAUAGGUUUGGAUUAUUCCCUGAAAACUAUGUAGAGAGUAUUACAGAAGAUGAGGCCAAGAGGUCCACAGGACAUGUAGAGACAACAAGCCCAGAGACGACGAGUCCAGGGGAGAAAGUACCAGAUGUUUCAGUCAAGUCACUUGUAGCAGUAAUAUCACAACAGCUUGGGGGUGGUAGCGAAAGUGCCGAUGUACAUAUGAAUGUGCAUCCUGCUAGAGAAACAACCACUACCACAACCAGCAUGACUACUAAUACUACUACCACAGAUGGUCCAAGAGCAGAGGGAGGUGUUCCAGCUCCUAAAGGACUUACAGCAGUGGCUCUCUAUGCAUACAGAGGAAAGAAAGAUGAUAUGCUUAGCUUUGCAAAGGGGGACCUCAUCUCCAUCACAGAACAGCAAGACAUGUGGUGGUCUGGGGAAUUGAAUGGUAAAGUAGGAUGGUUCCCUAAGUCUUAUGUCAAGCUCACAAGUAAUACAGCCAAGAACACUGCAACUACUGGUUUGCAGCCGAAAUCAGACGUCAUUAACAGUGACUUCUCCGCUGUAAAUGAACCAGUCUCUGAGACCAGAUCUGAGCAAAACCAGCCAGUCCUGUUUGAGUGUGUUGCCCUCUACCCUUAUGAUGGAGAAGAAGGAGACUUGAGUUUUGUACAGGGUGAUGCCAUAAGUAUAACUAAAUCAGAUGGGGAUUGGUGGGAAGGCAAGCUGCGUGGCAAACAUGGCCUCUUCCCUGCCAACUAUGUGAAGAAAGUGGAAAAUGAGGGUCCUGUAGCAGCACAAAGAUCAAAACCAGAGAUUGCUACAGUAAUCACAGCAUACACAGCUACAUCACCUGAUCAGCUAAGCUUGGCCCCAGGGCAACUCAUCCGUGUUAACAAGAGAGACCCCAGUGGAUGGUGGGACGGCGAGUUACAGGCACGUGGCAAGAAACGUCAGAGUGGUAUAUUCCCGUCAACCCAUGUGAAAAUCCUCAGUAAAUCAACCUCUCCCACCCCUACACCCACGGCGGCAGGGGGAACCACACCUUCUGAUGAGGCAAAUAUAUAUGAAGUUCCACCCUCCAACAAAGCUGCAGUUCCAGAUGCUAAACUAGAACAAGUACUUGCCAUGUUCCCAUACACAGCACAGAAUCAAGAUGAACUUACCUUUUACAAAGGGAGUGUUAUCAAUGUCAUUAGCCGUGACGGAGACUGGUGGAAGGGAGAAAUGAAUGGACAAGUGGGAAUGUUUCCCUCUAAUUACGUACAAGCAUUAAGUGACCUGCCAGAAUCAACAACACAGUGGACUGGAUCCUUCGAUGCAAAAGUCUUGGCAUCAAUGUCUGACGUCGAGCGACAAAGACAGAAUGCAAUCUAUGAAUUGAUCAACACAGAGCAGACAUAUGUAGACCAUCUUAGUCUGACCCUAGAGGUAUUCUAUAACCCACUGGCUGAGUCAAACCUCCUAACAAUGGAAGAACUUUCAACAAUUUUUGUCAACUGGAAAGAGUUGAUACACUGUAACACGAAACUACUAAAGGCGUUUCUGGUUCGAAAGAAAAUGAGGAAUAACGGUCUUAUCGUGAUGAUUGGAGAUCUCAUGUGUGAACAGCUGCCUCAUUUCUCGCCGUAUGUCAGGUUCUGUAGUCGACAACUCAAGGCUUGUCAAUUUAUUCAACAAAAAAUCGAAACCAAUCCAGAAUUUAAACAACUAGAAAAGAAAUGUUGUUCAGAGCCUCGUGCUAUGGGUCUACCGUUGAGCAGCUAUCUACUGAAACCUUUACAGAGAAUGUGCAAGUACCCACUGCUAAUAAGACAGUUGUUGAAGUACACGCCUAAAGAUCAUCCUGACCGCUUAAACUUGGAAUCUGCUCUAGAAAAGGCUGAAGAACUGUGUAACCAGGUGAAUGAAGGUGUUCGUUCCCAAGAAAGUUCAGACCGUCUAGAAUGGCUUCAGUCACAUGUCAAUCUAGAAGGUUUGGGUGAGCAACUCAUCUUCAACUCUGCGACCAACUGCCUUGGACCGCGCAAGCUAAUAUACUCAGGGACUCUUUACAAGGUCAAGAGUGGUAAAGAACUAAAGGCCUUUCUUUUCAAUGACUUUCUGUUGUUCACGCGACCACAAAGCUCUCUUACGGGUAACCUGUCAAAGAAGAUAGGACUUGAUGCCAAUGAAGCAGCUACGCAAUAUACAAUAUACAGAAAGCCGAUUUUCCUGAAUGAAGUUGUUGUCAAGCGACCAGCAGAUCUUAACUCUGACGACUACUCGUUUCAAAUCUCUCACAUUGAUCGAGUUUACACUCUCAAAACGGACAGUAAACUAGAAAGAAACAAAUGGAUCGAGCAUCUGGAGAAGGCUGCUGAACAUUACAUCGAGACAGAACGAUUCACGAGGCUGAAAGCACACAGAGCUCGUUCGUUGCGUACACCAGGCAUCGGUACAUUAGUCGUUACUAUACUCGAAGGAAAGGAUCUUGCUACUUCUGAUCCUUCAGGUCUGAGUGAUCCCUACUGUGAAGUCAGUAUGGGUAGCCAGGAACACAGGACCAAGGUCUGUCCGCAAACACUCAACCCCAAGUGGAACUCCACCAUGAGCUUCGUUAUAAAAGACAUGGAGCAAGACGUCUUGUGCAUCACAGUGUUUGACAGAGACUUGUUUUCACCAAACGAUUUUCUUGGUCGAACAGAGGUUAGUCUUUCAAGUCUUCGAAAGAAAACUAACUCAAAAGGACCCUGGGUCGAGCGUCUUCUUCUUCAUGAAGUGGUUACCGGGGAAGUGCUGGUGAAACUCGAGCUUCAGUAACCGGACCUCACAACACGUUCAUAUCAGACCUUAGCAUGGCUCGUAGACAGUCAGUAGGGCAUGCUUAAACAAUCCUGGCUCAAGAUACGAGAUUCUUCGAUGCUAUUAUUUAAGGGCAUUAGUGUCUUCAUUGAGGUUCCUUUGGCAAAUACUGAGUUUUGAAACUUUCAAGACAAUUACAUCUUAGUUCAUUGACGUUCUCUUUCUCGAUCAGCAAGAGAAACUGCAAGGAGCGCCUGAAAAACCAUCAGAUUAUCAAGAGAUGGAGUUAUUAAAGGAGAGGACAGACAUUGCAUUACUUGUAUCAAGAGAUGGAGUUAUUGAAGGAGAGAACAGACAUUGCAUUACUUGUAUCAAGAGAUGGAGUUAUUGAAGGAGAGGAAAGACAUUGCAUUACUUGUAUCAAGAGAUGGAGUUAUCGAAGGAGAGGACAGACAUUGCAUUACUUGUAUCAAAAGAUGGAGUUAUCAAAGGAGAGGACAGACAUUGCAUUACUUGUAUCAAGAGAUGGAGUUAUCAAAGGAGAGGACAGACAUUGCAUUACUUGUAUCAAGAGAUGGAGUUAUCAAGGAGAGGACAGACAUUGCAUUACUCGUAUCAAGAGAUGGAGUUAUCAAAGGAGAGGACAGACAUUGCAUUACUUGACAAUCGGCACAAACAAUAACCUGUAUAUGGCCUACAUACUCGCAUUAUUCUCCGGGGUGAAUUAUUUCAGUUUCAUUUUAUUUCAAUUUUGGCCGCAAGCUAUUUUUUGCACGUUUAUGUAGCAUUGAACUGUUAUACCACAACAGCGAUUACUACAUGACGUCGUGAUGCAUGAUGAUCACGUGACCUAACCUGACAGAGGUAUGUCAUGUGAUAAUCUUUUAAAGAGUGAUUUUAUGUUGCCAAGAUAUACCCUGAAUAUUACAGUAAAAAUUAAUGAAUUAAAGUUGUAAAAAUAAAUGAGAAAAUAAUGUAAUAAAAGGAUAAAUGCUA